UUCUAUAAAAAAAAUAAUUAAUAUAAUACUUUUAUUACUUUUAUAUUCAUUAUAAAUAGUAUGAUUAAUUAUAAAAAAUUAUAAUUUAUUUUUUACCACCAUUUAUUUAUUACAAAUAAUAUGAAUAUAAAAUAUUAUCUAAUUUGUUAUUUAUUAAAUAACUAUUUUAAGUUAAUUAAAAUUUAUUAAAAAUAAUUAUUCAUUUAAAAGGUUUAUUAUUCUAAAUUAUUUUUACUUUUUAAUGUUUAUUUUUAAUGUUUCCAAAUAUAAUUUAAUUUUACAUGCGCUGUCAUCCGUAAUAGUAAAUAAAAUAAGAAAGAUUUUAGAACACAAAAUAAAAUUGAAAUUAAAAAUAACAAUUGCAUAAAUGCUUUAUUUUCAAAAAAAAUAUGUUUAAAAUUAAUUAAAUAUUAUAUUAUAUUUGAUUGAUAGCUGAUCAUUGUAGAUUUUAUAUAAAUUAAUAUAGAAGUUUAUAUUUAUGUUAUUCAUAUUUAUAAUGAUAAUAUAUAAUUUUGUGAAUAAAAACAAUAAUUUAAAAUAAUUUUCUAUUUUAUUAUCUUACAUUCGAUUCCAAUUUCUUUAGAUAUUGAUCAUGUGGUUUUAUUUACGAAUCCGAGAAGUCAAUUAAUUAUAGAAAAAAAUAUUAUGUUUCAACAAUAAUCAUUAAAUAUUUCGCGAUUGAAUAAAAUAAAAUAUAUUUGACCGAAACAUAUGUUAGAUAUUUUAUGACGAUUAAAAAUAAUGAUUAAUUUAAUAAAUCAAAGAUUUUUGCCAAUUUUUUUAACCUUAUUAAAGUGACAUCUCGAAAAAAUUGAUUAAUUUUAUUAUAUUAUAUAUAUAAUUUAAUAUAUAAUAGAUUUUGAACUAUUUAUUAAUAAAAAUGCAUUUCAAAAAUGAAUAUCGUAGAUCUAUAGAUGAAUACAAACCUGCUAUACCAAUAAAAAGAAAAAUGGGACUUUAUUGGAUCUUAGUUGUUGUAAGAAUUAUUUUAACAUUUAUUCCUCAAACAGGAUACAUUCAUCCUGAUGAAUAUUUUCAAUCUAUUGAAGUUAUAUCUGGAGAUCAUUUUGACAUUGAUGUUAAUAAACCAUGGGAAUUUAAUUCAACUUUUCCUAUAAGAACUGUUUUAAUAUCUCAAAUAAUAAUUGGUAUACCAUAUUCAAUUUUAAAAAAACUUUCACAAUAUACACUUUUUUAUUUGGGUAUAUCAUUAAAAUCACCAUAUUUUCUUAUAUUAUUUCCACGUUUAUUAGUAUGUGGUUUAUCUUUUAUAUCAGAUUAUUGUUUAUAUAAAAUCUGUUACAUAUAUGGACAAAAUUACAAAAUAAGACUGAUUAUUUAUGCCAGUUCCUAUGUUAUGCUUGUUUAUGCUACUCAUACAUUAUCAAAUACCAUUGAAUUGGUAUUAACAGCAUUAUUACUAUAUUAUGCAUCAUAUUCUAUGGCACAUUCAGAAAAGGUAGUUGUCCAAAGUGACUAUUUAUCGGAUAAAUAUAGUAAAGCAAAAACUGGAAUAGAAAGAGUAAAAUAUUAUAAACUUAAAGCUUCAUUGCCUCCUCAUUCUUUAAAUCAUUGUAUAAAAAUUGCAACAAUCACUGUAAUUGGUAUAUUUAAUAGACCAACAUUUAUUGCAUUUGCCUUCAUUCCUAUCUUCUUUUGGUUACAAAGAGGUUUAGGUUCUAAAAGUGUAGGAUUUGGACAUUUUCAUGUCCGAAUAUUCACUUUUAUUGCUUGUGGAAUACCUACUACUAUCUUUUUUAUUUUAGUUGAUAGUUUUUAUUUUGGUUACUUAACAAUGGCAGAAAUAGGUAAUCUUGACAUUAACAUGAAUAAUUUUGUGGUAACACCACUCAAUUUUCUCAGAUAUAAUUCAAAUAUUAAAAACUUACAAGAUCAUGGUUUGCAUCCUCAUUAUUUACAUUUUAUAGUAAAUAUACCCCUUCUAUAUAAUGUUCUUGGAGUUAUUGGCCUUCUUACAUUUGGAAAAAUGUUAUAUAGUGGUUUAAAGGCGCAAUGGUUAAACUUGCCGCGGAUACAAAGUGUUGUUGGUUUAAUGACAACAUCUUUUAUUAUACCUAUCAUGUUAUUAUCAAUAUUUCCACAUCAAGAGCCUAGAUUUAUUAUACCAACAUUAUUACCUCUAACUUUUUUGUAUGCACCAAAUAUAAAUCAAACAUCAGGAGUUGAUACUAUUACUCGUAUUUCUGGAAAUAAUGAAAAUACUUUUACAACAGAAAGAAAUAAGUUGAAUAAACUACAGAUUUUAUGGUUUAUAUGUAACAUUGCAUUAACAUUUUUUUAUGGAUUUGCUCAUCAAGGUGGAGUUCUACCCUUAUCAUCUCACAUAGCAAAUGAAUUAAAAGCAAAACCAGAUCUUACACAUAUACAUUUAUUUACAUCACACACUUAUUCUAUACCAACAGCACUUCUACAUUUAAGAAAUACUAGAAAGACAUAUGUAAGUAGUGGAAAUCAUAAGUAUAAAUUGAUAAAAGAUUUUUAUCUUUAUGAACAAGGUUCAAAAUCUAUACAAGAUGUAUGUAAUGUUAUUGCUUUAAAACUUCACGAAUGUGAAUAUAAAUAUGCUACUAAAAAAGUACCAUAUAGAUUAUAUUAUGCUCUUCCUGCUACGGAUUUGGAAGAAUUUAUUUUUAUUCAAAAUAAUAUAAAUUUAUUUGAUUAUCAUAUUGUACAUAAAUUUUAUCCACAUGUUACCAUUGAAAAAUUACCAUUUUCAAAAGUUACUAAGAAUAUUACGCGGUUUACGCAUUUAACUAUAUUUUCAGUAGAAAAAUUGACUGAAAUUAUGAAUAAUAUAUUGGAAAUGUUUCAACAAUUCCAAUUGUUAUUAAUACGAAUUGAAUAUUUGAUAGAUAAUAAAUAUAAAACUGUACAUAUAUCCUGAAAAAAAUUGUUAUAUUUAUAACUAUAUAAAUUUAAAUAGAUUAUGAAAUAUAUAUAUAUAAUAUAUUUAUUAAUAUUUUAUCGAUAUAAUAUAAUUACAUUUAUUAUUAUAUGUAAUAGUAUUAAAUAUAUAAAGUCAUAUAAUGUAAAAAAAUUCUUAAAAUUUUUAACAGAAAAAUAUUAUUAAUUUAAAUAGUUAAUAUCAUUAAAUUAUAAACAUAUUUGAUAUAUACAAGAAAUAACAUAUUAAAAUGUAUAUUAUUAAAUUUUUCUAAAAAUAAAAUUUUAUUGCAUAAUAUAAAAAUUAUAAUAUUGCAUAUAAAACAAAAACAUAUAAAAAAAUACUACUAUUUAAAAUAAAUAAUUUUUUAGAAUUAAAUUCACUAUAUGUAUUAUAUUACAUAUAAUAUAUAACAUAAAAUUUAACAUUAAAUUUAAAAAUCAUGAUAAUUUUAUUUUAUGCUUAUUUAACAUUAUUUAAUAUAGAGCUAGCUUAUUUUAAUAUAGAGAAAUAGCUUAAUAAAAUUACUGAAUAUAAUUUUGUAAAGUAUACUAAUAAAUAAAAAUAAUGUAUAUUUCAAUUUUUUUUAAAUAAUUAAUAUAACUAUUUUGAUAAUUAAAUUACAUAUAGUAUAAUAUAUUCGAAAAAUGAAAACAUCAGUUAACUUAAAAUUCCUGAAAUAAUUUCAAGCAAUUUUUUCUUUACAAAAUUUUUCGUUAUGAUUUAUUAAUAAGUUAUUAACAAAAAACGCUGGUCAAUUACAGAAUACGUAAUUAAAUUAAUUUAUUUCGAAUAAAAUAUAAUUUGAUAUAAUUUUUUUUCUAUAAAAAAAUAUCUGUUAUAUUCAAGUUUUCGACACAUAUUAUUUGAACUUGUUCGUGUUAACUGAUAGUAUAUACCUUGAUUAAUACUUUGAUUAAUCUAUAUAAAUAUAUUGUACAUAUAUUGUAAUCUAUAUAAAUAUAAAUAUAAAUAUAAUAAAUAAUCAAUAAUUGAUCAAUGUUUUUUAUUAAUAAUUUGUUAACAAAGCCAAAAAAAAGUGUUUUGUAAAAAAAAUUGUUACUUGAAAUUAUUUCAGAAAUUUUCAAUUAAUUAAUAUUAAUAUAUUACUAUAUUUUUAAAAUACAUUAUAUAUAUAUCUAUAAAAUAAAUUGGGACUAAAUAAUUAUGAAUUAUAAAUAUAAUAUAUAUAUAUAUUAUAUAUAUUUAUGUAUAUAAAUUAUAUAUAUAUAUAUACAUAAAUAUAUAGGAAGAUUUCUUAAGAUAAUUUCAAAUAAUUUUAACGAAAGUUUUUCUUUUACAAAAAUUUUACAAAAAUUUUCAUUAACAUAUAAUUAAUGAAUAAAACAUAUAAAGAAAGAAAAAAAAUAAUGGAAGAAUAGAAAUAUGGUAAGAAAUUGAUUUUCAGCAUAUCUUAGAUAACAAAAAUAUCUAUAAAGCAAAAUAAGAUAGAAUAAAACAUCAGAAUACUGAUGUUUUUAAACAUAAGAAAUCUUAUAAGAAAUAUAUUAUUUUUUGUGUUCGGGAAAUAGUCUUUAAUUUUAUAUUAUUUUAAUUUGAAUUUUAGACUAAUUCUUAAUUAUAUUAAAAUUAUUCUAUUUUAAAAAAAUAUUUUUAGCACCAGAAUUCUGAAGGUCAAUUUUUAUUCCAUUUUUACUCUUUUUCCAUUAUUUUUUGUCCUGUUUUUAUAUUUCUUUUACGAUAUUUUAAAUAAGUCUUGAAUUUUUAUCUUAUUUUUAUUUUAUUAUACUUAUUAUUACUUUAUUUUUCUCACUAUUUCUUCUCUUCACUUGCUCUUGAUAUGUACUCGAUUAUAAAACAUCGAUUGUCAAUUGAAUAUUUAUUAUUAUUAUUACUUUUCUUUUAAAACUAUAACGUGUCUAAUUCUUUAAUUUACAAUUAUGUAUACUUCAUUAUAUUACUUCAUAUAAAUAUAUUAUAAAUAAUUUAUCGUAUUUAAAAAAAUCAAAUAUUUUAGAAAACAAUUAAUUCAAGAAUAUAGAAAAUAUGUAAUUUUAUUUAAAAAAAAAAUAUACAAUAUGUUAAUUUUCAUGAAA